UGGCAACUAUACAGUACGACAUUUUGGUCUUUUAUCAUUACAGCCCACCUCUGGUUAACUUGAAGACGAAGGAAAUACAACACGAGGACGAGUUUUUGCAGUGACAAGAACAGAGGAAGAAAUUCUUGCAGCAACAGCAUCAUAAAACAGCAACAUGUCAGCCUGGAGUGUGGACAACCCCGUGUUCAACAGCUACAUCUUCUGGUCAGCUGUACUGGCCGCUAAGGUUCUCGUCAUGGGGCCUAUCACUGGAUACUACCGAAUUUCUCGAAAGGCGUUCGCUAACCCCGAGGACGCCCUUCACAUGGGUGCCAAGGAUACCAAGACGAACCCAGAAGUGGAGCGUGUGAGGAGAGCCCAUCAGAACGACCUGGAGAACAUCCCGGUCUUCUGGGUGGCCGGGCUGUUCUACGUCCUUACCAACCCCUCCCCGUUCACCGCCUACUUGUUGUUUCGGGCGUUCUCAGCGGCCAGGAUACUACACACGCUGCUCUACCUCGGAGGCAGUCCCUACAGGGGUAUGGCUUUCUUCCUGGGCACGCUCGUCAACUUUUUCAUCGUCGGCAACGUUCUCUACAGCUUCUAUUAGAGGGGGAGGUGGGGGGGGGGUUCUGGAGGUACUUGGAGUAUCUUUUGGAGGUUUUGGGAGGUAUUUGGAAGGCUGUUAAGAGAUAUUUGGAGGGAUUUUAGAGGCACUAGAGUGUUUCUAGAGUCACUUGUUUUUUUUAGAGGCACUUGGAGUGUUUCUAGAGGUAAUGGAGGGGUUUUAGGAGCACUUGUUUUUUUAGAGGCACUUGAAGGUUUCUAGGGGUUCUGGAGGGUUUCUAGAGGCAAUUGGAGUGUUUGUAGGGUAAUGGAGUGGUUUCUAGAGUGACUGUUUUUCAUAUUAGACUUAAUAGUGUUUUCUAGAAUGAUACAGUGGUUUCUAGAAUAAUACAGUGUGUGUGUGUGUGUGUGUGUGUGAUGCAAUGGUUUCUAGAGUGGUACAAUGGUUUCUAGAAUGAUACAAUGUUUUCUAAAAUGAUACAAUGAUUUCUAGAGUGAUACAAUGAUUUCUAGAAUGAUACAAUGGUUUCUAGAAUGAUACAAUGGUUUCUAGAAUGAUACAAUGUUUUUUAAAGUGAUACAAUGGUUUCUAGAAUGAUACAAUAGUUUAUAGAAUGAUACAAUAGUUUAUAGAAUGAUACAAUGGUUUCUAGAGUGAUACAAUGGUUUCUAGAACGAUACAACGGUUUCUAGAAUGAUAUAAUGGUUUCUAGGGUGAUACAAUGGUUUCUAGAAUGAUACAAUGGUUUCUAGAGAUACAAUGGUUUCUAGAACGCUGCAAUGGUUUCUAGAGUGAUUCAAUGGUUUCUAGAAUGAUACAAUGGUUUCUAAAUAUACAAUGGUUUCUAGAGCGAUAGAAUGGUUUCUAGAAUGAUA